AUGAAUAAUUCAGAAAAUCAAUCGCAACAAUCAGAGUAAACUCAAACAAUUGAUUAUUCUCAAUACUUAAAUGGAGAUCGAAGUUAGAAUACCGAUUAUGCAUCCUUAUUAGAGAGGACUAUAUUUCAAUUACUAAAAAAAUAUCCAGAUGUAUUCACUUACAACUAGCAUUAAGUGUAUGAUGGUAAGAGUGCAGGGGCAAAUUAUAUCCUAGAAAAUGGGUUAUUAUUAGGUAAUGGAGCUUAUGGAUCUGUGUACUCCACUGUAAAUCCAAAAAACAAUUAACCAGCAGCCUUGAAGGUAUAAAUAAAUUGUAAUUACGAUUAAGUAAUCAUGCAGGCUGAAGAAUUUAAAGUUUAAAAAUAAAUUUCUAUCCAAUUCCCAGAAUGCAUCAUCUAGAUAUAAAAUAAAAUUUUUAUCAGCUAAAAAUAUAUGAACACUUAUCGAUUGUAUGCAUAUUUGGAUUUGGGAUUGGGAAACCUAAAAGAAUAUUAAAUAUAAUUAAAGAAAUUUACAGAAGAUCAAUUCAAUAAUCUGUUCGAUUGUAUUUUAGAUAGUAUUUUAAAAAUUCACUCUCUAAAAAUUGUUCAUAAUGACAUUAAAUUGGAAAAUAUUAUAAAUACUUAAAAAAAUGGGUGGGUUUUAGCUGAUUUUGGAUGUGCAAUUUAAUACGCAACUCCUUAUGGUGAAUAUCCUAUUGUUGGAACUAGAGCUUACAUGCAAAAAUAAGUGAGAAAAGCCUUGAACAAUAACUUAAAAAAAUUCAAAAUGAAUUUAUUUAACAAAGAUAUUUAUGCAUUUCAACUGACAAUGCUUUAGAUACUCUAUCCUGAGGAUAAUAUUAAUGAUUUAUAAUAGAUUUUAGAUCAAUAGAAAUUAGUGCAUCCGAAGAUUAAUUCACUUUAUAAUAAAGAUUAUCUCACUAUAAAAUCAUAAUUUCUAUAACAAAAAUUCAUUAGAACUGCAGUAAUUUAGGAGCCAAUCUUAAGCACUGAAUAUCUCAAAAUGAAGUUGGAAAAGAAUUUCAAACUUAGUUGCUAAUACAAAGCAUAUCGGGAUUUAUAAGACUUACCUUACAGUAAAGAUAUGAACUAUUGGACUUAAUGUAUGAUGAAUCUAGCUAAUCAAAGCGAUUAUCGUGAAUAAGAAUUUUUAAAAAAAACUAUGAUUUUGGAUUCCUUUGUAGAUAAAUAUACUUUUCAAUAUUCAGCAUAGGAGAUCUUUGAAGAAAUAUCAUUUGAGGAUUUAUCUAAAUUUGAAUAUGACCUAUACUAUGAUGUUUUAGAGAAGAGAGGUUAGAGGAUGCUCUAAUUGAUGCUUUGUUAGGGAUAUCAAGCAGUUUUAAAUACACCGAACUGCAGUUUAAAAUUCUAGGAGGCAGAGUUACUCUACAUAAUUGGCGAAUGGGAGUAGGCUAAGGAAGCCAUAAAUAGUAUACAAAAUGAAAUGGAAUUAGAGAAUGAUGAAAUGCUACUUAAGUUUAUUUGUUUGAAGGCCAGAUUGAAUGGCCAAUGGAUAAACAUUAGAGAAGAAAUCAUACCAUACUUUCUCUACUAUAAGGACAUUCAUUAGAUCUUAAUGGAAUGGAAGUAUAUAUUGAUAGACUCGAUUUGGUAAGACUAAUCGAAAUGUAUAUUUAAUAGACUUUACGAUCGAAAGAAUAACAUAUUUUUUGAUGACCUCAAUACAUUCAAAAAUAGCAAUUAAUAAGAGCCUUUCAAUUUCGAUUUUUUUAAAUACAUUAAAGUGUUUGACUUUUGUCCAGAGAAUUUUUUUUCAUCACAGGACACGCUUAUUAAAUUGAUGUAAAAACGGAAUUACGAUAAAUAUACUAUCUUUUAUUAAGGAUGGAUAUCUUGCGAAAUAAUGUCGUAUCAUGAUGAAUAUUUAGUAUUCAUAGAAGAAUUUAUACAAUUUAUUGAAUAGAAUCUAGAAGGAUAUUAUUUUAAUUGGAUUAUUUAUGAUUAUUAUUCAAGAUUCCUCAUCUAUAAAGGUUAAUUCAGUAAGGCUAAGCUUUAUUUUUAUAAAGCAAUUAAGAUAGUAGAAAAAGAUUGCAUCUAUAAUUAAUUUACUCUUUUUCAUCAUUUAUUUUCAUUGCAAAUCUAGGAAGACAAUUUAGAAAGUGUUGAAACUUUUAGUAAAAAUAUCGAUCUUUUAAAAUAAAUGCCUAACUCUUAAAUCACUUUAUAUUUAUUUGUAUGGUUGAUGCUUGAAAUAAUACAUUUGUGUGAAAAAUAGUAUUCAUUUAGAUUAGCAAAUUUUUUUAAUUAAGCAAUCAAUAUUUUAAAAGCAUAAUUAGUUGGUCAUACAUUAGGCUUGCGUAUCAUCUAUGCGAUUGAAUAGGAUUUGGCCUCUCAAAAGAAGGACUUUGAUGCUUUCUAGUCUGCAACAUGGCAAUAUUUACCGGAUUUAAUUGAAGCAUUAAAUGAAGAUUAUGAAGAAGAAGUCCUAAAUAGUUUUCAAUAAAUAUAUAAACUUAUAGAACAUUAGAAUUUGAGGUUGGAGGAUGAAACGAAGCAUACAUCUAGAUGGUUAUAAUCUACGAUUGUCUUUCAAUCGAUUGGUUUUAAAAUUCACAAAUUUGAUAACCACUUUGUAGCUGCAGUUCCAUGUUUUUAUUCUCGUUCAUGCCGUAGGUAAGGUAAUGAGAGAAAAUUAUAGGAAGCUCAGGAGAUAUUUAAGUUUACUCUUAUGAAUCAUAGUUGGUUAUUUUUUUGA